CUUUGCCCCCGGCCUUCAGAAGGGUUUCGUCUUCGCCGCCGGCCUCCUGUGACCUUCCUCCUGUGCCACCGGCAUUCCGCCAGGCCUCCAGAUGGUGACCAUCACAAAGUCUCCCACAUGGCCCUGAGUCUGUUUGACUCUGGGGACAGAAAGCAGACCUGAAAGACUGGAAACAGGGGGAAACAGCUAGCCUUUCUCUGUCAACAGGUAACAAAGUCCGCCUACCAGCACCUCUUAUGCUUCCUAUCGUCUUGAUGUCACUGUGAGGUUGUCAGGCAACCAGUGGAGACUCCAGGAAGUCACUGCUUCUGGCCAAGAAAUAGUCCAGCACAUAACCUCCAUAAAACCACAAAUUGUCCUCCAGACAGAACUAGGUCUGUCUGAAAGAAACACCCCUUGGACAUAAACUGUACACAAUCAUUAUUGUGUACAGUUUGUUUUCUUGGUGGGCAACACACUACAAUUAUUUCUUUUACUCAGAGGGUCUUUAUUGAAAGUGUUUAUAACUACUUACUUAGAGCGAGUAAGAAAGUAAAGGUUAUUUAUAUCGCACCAUUAUAGACAGAUAUAGGAGUAUUAGUCUAGUACAGGGGUGGCAAACCAUGUGCCAUGGACAGAAGGUUUUUAUUUCUUUGGGUCUUUGGUUGGAAUAAAAACCUACAGACUGUUGUCUCUCCAUGACACAGUUUGCUGCUUUGGAGUGUAGAUGAGUUGUAUAUGUUUGGAACUGUUAUCUGUGACACUGUAUAACAUCCAGUCCUUUGUUGCUGGGAUUGCGUGCUAUUUAACUGUGGUAUCAUAGGUGGAAGCUGUUUCUUGUUUGAGCAGUUAAUAAGCAGCUGUCAAAAUCAUGGAAACUAUUCAAGUAUUGCCGUGAUAAUGGAAAGGUAUUUAUACUCAAGUUCAAACAACAACAACUUGACAAAGUGUGACGCUGAACUUUAAACGGCCAAGUUUACAUCACAUGUUUAACUUUGUGUUUGUUUCUGUAAUGAUGCAGACCACAUUUUUAUUUUUGUUGUUUGUUGUGUUGUUUGGAGAUUGUGUAACUUUAUAAAGGGGAAUGUAUGCAUGAAGAAUGCAGUCAUAGUACAGUUAAAACACAUCCAUGUGUAUAAUAAAGUCUGGCAGGAGCGUGGGAAGGAAGCACAGUACCUGUCUCAUUAUUUCCCUGUUCUUUACAGAACAACAUUACAAUCUGACACCAGGUCUCAAACCUGGAGCCUGUUACAUUAAUAAAUAAUGAUCAUAUUUCAAGGCGUAUCAUGGGAGGAGUCAAUAGAAGAGACUUUCUGACAAGAUAUAAGUAAUCUCGCAGCGUCACAGGUCAUCAAACUGGAAGCUCGAGUCUCACACAACUCUGAUCUACACAACUUCACCAGGUUGGAGAAAUGUUGGCGAUUGCUGCACUGGGUCGGCCUUUCACCCUGGGAAUGCUCUAUGAUGCUCGGAAAGAUCAACUGAUCCUAGGUUUCACAUUGUUCGAUGAAACAACUCUUCAAAAGAACACAGCUGAAAGCUCUCAGCACAGCAGUGAAUUUGAAAUAACUUCAUCUGACUCCAUUGAAUCCAAGUCCUCUCUGCUGGAUGUUGAAGCUUCUCUGAAGGCCAGUUUCCUGAGUGGACUGGUUGAAGUUGGAGGAUCUGCCAAGUAUCUGAAUGAUACAAAGAAAUUCAAGAACCAGAGCAGAGUGACGUUUGAGUACAAAGCUACCACCAAGUUUAAACAGUUCUCAGUGACUGACCUUGAAACCAUGAACACCCAACAGAUAGAUGUCAUUGAGAAGGGCUUGGCAACACAUGUAGUCACAGGCAUCCUUUAUGGGGCAAAUGCUUUCUUUGUGUUUGACAGUGAGAAGUUAGAAACCGGCAGCGUUCAGCACAUCCAGGGCAGCAUGGAAGCUGUGAUAAGGAAGAUGCCCUCAUUUAAUGUUGAGGGGAAAGUUGACAUCAAACUGAAUGAUGAAGAAAAAGCCCUGACUGAGAAGUUUUCCUGCAAAUUCUACGGAGACUUCCUUCUUGAAAGCAACCCUACAACAUUUGUAGACGCAGUGAAGACCUACAGUAAACUUCCACAGCUGCUGGGAGAAAAUGGAGAGAACAGUGUUCCACUGAAGGUCUGGCUGAUGCCGCUGAAGAAUUUGGUUCCCAAAUCUGCUGAGCUGAAGAGUGGGAUCAGUGUUGGACUACUGAGGAAGGCUCAAGAUGCUCUGGAGGACCUGCAUCAUCUGGAAAAAGGAUGCAACGAGUUACUGCAGGACAAAGUAGUGAAAGAUAUUCCGCAAAUUCAUGAAAAAGCGCGCAGUUUCCAGACACUCUGUGUCUCUUUCAGAUCUGUACUGGAACAGACCAUGGCGAAGGAGCUUCCCUUGAUCAGGGCAGGUGAAGAAGAUGAGAGCAAAUUAGAAAAAGUCUUUGAAGACAGAGACAAGUCACCGUUCAGUCAUGAAAAACUAAGUAAGUGGCUGAAAGAUAAAGAGAGAGAAAUGAACGUCAUCAGGUCCUGUGUAGAGAUGAUGGAGGGAAUAAAGAUCGUCCCAAACCAGUCAGAGCUGGACAGAGAGGUUCUUGCUCCAGGUGUGGAGGAUGCUCUGUGCUUUGUUUUCACCUCCCUGGAAACUACUGACCCCUACCUUGAUGAGAUGGCCAACUACGUGGAUCAAUUUAAAUUACAAGGUCAUGUGGUUGUCACGGCACCUGCACAAGACCAGUGGUACUUCUCAGAUGAAGUUUUAACGAAAAUGAGAGAAAAAGCCAGAGCUGUCCACGAUCUUGCCAAAGCCUUGAAGAACAGCAGCAGAUUCUGUUUCCUGGUAGCAGCCAUUGCAAAUAAGAAAUACACCGGAGCAACCCUCUACCAUUACAAGGACGGCGUUCUGGUCACUGAUGAUUUCUCAAAGCCUGACAUCCCUGAUGUGGAACAUAUAACAGACAGAAGAGAUUUAAUCUGGUACGCCUGUGAUCUCACUCUGGACCCAAACACAGCAAGCAGAUGCUUCACUCUGUCUGAAGAAAACAAGAAGGCGACAUGUGGAGAAGCACAGUCGUAUACUGACCUCCCACAGAGAUUUGAGUCUUUCUGUCAGGUUCUGUGCAGAGAGGGGCUGACUGGGCGCUGUUACUGGGAGGUGGAGUGGAGUGCUGGCCCUAAUGUAAAUGUAGCUGUAGGUGUUAGCUACAUAGGGCUGUUUCGGAAAGGAGAUGAUGACCGGUGCAGGAUUGGAUGGAAUACCAUGUCCUGGUGUUUGGGCCACAGAUGGCUCCCACCAGAUGCUACUCUUUAUGCAGAGCAUAAUAAAGAGCAGCACCUUUUCCCUGUUCCUCCUACCGGCUGCACCCGACUGGGACUGUUUCUGGACUGGCCUGCUGGCACUCUGUCUUACUAUAACGUCUCAUCUGACACACUGAGUCACCUCCACACCUUCCACGCCAACUUCUCUGAGCCUGUUUACCCAGCUUUCCUGACUUGGCAUCCAUCCAACUACGUGUUCCUGUCGCUGUAAACUUAGCACCACACGAUUCAGUUCAAGUUCAGUUCAGUUCACUACGGUUUGAUUACACAAUGAUUGUGCUUUUAUUGUGAAGCAUCAUCAUGUUAGUCAAGUAUAACAAUGUAAAAUGAUACGCUUCCUUUUUUGAAUUAAACAAAAUAUCUACACACGAAAUACAACUUUAAUACAGAUAGAACAAAAUGUAAACACAAGCCGUCCCCAUUAUUAUUAUUAUUAUUAUUAUUAUUAUUAUUGUUGAUUAAAGUUUUAAUUGUCUUUUUCUGUUCAUUUUAUUAUAGUAUUAGCACCUUUCAGCUCUCGCUCUACUGCACACAGAUUGAUUUUUAAAUAGCUUGUUCUAAAACUGUUGUGAUGGCCGACCUGAUGUAAAGAAAAAGUUAAUUAAUGUAGAAGGAGGCUUGAUUUUAUCUUCUAAAGUUAACAUGCAACAGGGAAACACGAAGCCAUGUUUCCAUCCAGGCAGUUUUACGUGAAUUAUCGACUUAGAAAAGCUGGAUGGAAGAGACAAACUUCCACAAUAUCGCUGAAAAGAUUUUACGCUCGCUUGAGGUUUUGAUUCAUUUUGUCCAUAAAGUGUUUGUGUCAAAUAGGCGAAGCUGCUUUAUUGGCUCUACUCUUUUUCCUUUACUUCCUGUAGUUUUUGCCAGGCUUGCUUGAGUGAGCAGGAAGAGGCGGAGUUAGUCGACCUUUGAACUUACUGGGCGGAUUUAUUUCUGAAUCGUCACGCUGUAUGAAUUGCAUUUAAGCCUGGCUGAGAUCUGAUCACAAAGCUUGUAUCUUUGGACAUUUUACCUUUCUUUCAGCUCCUGUUACUGUCUCACAUCCAGGGUUAUGUCAUUUCUCACUCUUGCCUCUGCUUUCCUUAAUGUUUUAUUUUUAUUUCACUUCUCUCUUCUCUCUGGCAGUCUGCUUCUACUUUCCUGUACACCAAUUAAUAUAAAAUAUGAGCUACCGCUGCAGUUUCAGAUAUUUACACAUAGUUACUCAACUUAUUAUUAAAAAGAAGUUGACAAAUCAUUACUGUUGUAACACUGUGGUCAUUGACUCAUUGCUAUGAGUUGUUUUUAUAAUUAAAGGUUUUGUCCCAUUUCACCUGAACUCUCCUGUCUCACUGUAUCUGUCUGGAUGAAGGUGCUGGGAAUCUGAAUUCUUAAAACCGGUUUAGAUUAUAUAUAUAUUUAGAUUGUUGUUUAAUCGUGUUUAUUCCAGCCGUAUUAUUCCUGAAGAGCAUUUUAUUUGUCUGCGUGUUCACCGUGAGGUUUGCUGGGUCACAUUUCACCAGUCAAGACCUUUAUUUGCUGUUCAGUGGAUAUUCAGACAGUUGUGGAAAGUAACUAAGUACAUUUACUCAAGUGCUGAACUUAAGUACAAAUCUGAGGUAGUUGUACUUUACUUGAGUCUUUUCUUCUCAUGCUGCUUUCUGCUCCAUCUCAUCUCCAGGUGUGGAGGAUGCUCUGUGCUUUGUUUUCACCUCCACGAUGAAGGGUGAUAAACGACUUGAUGAAAUGGCCGUGUACUUAAAUUCAGCUCAGUUAGGAAGUACAGAAGAAGACCAGUGGUACUACUCACGUGAAGUUUUAAUCAAAAUGAGAGAAAAGGUCAGAUUUUUCCACGUUCUUGCCAAAAUACAGAAAUAUAUCAGCGAGUUCUGUUUCCUCAUAGCAGCCGUAGCAAAUGAGAAACACAACGGAGCAAGCAUCUACCAUUACAAGGACGGCGUUCUGGUCACUGAUAAUUUCAUGCAAGAACGCUUCAUUUGUGAGAGUAUAAAAGACAUGGUUUCCAUUGUAGAAAAAUGUCUCCGCUUGUUACUCUUCUGAUAGAGGAGCCUGCUAAAUACUUUUUUCCCGUAUUUUGGCUUCUUUGAGGUAGUACUCCAGCAUAGGUUUUACAUACUAUCUUAUAAACAUACACGUUCAACUAAGUUUAUAGUAACGAGUCAGGUUUGGAGAAUAGCUUAGUAUAUAGUAAAUGGGUGGAACUGAACCUGAUCUUUAAUGUACACAGUGUUAUUAACCCACACAAACAGAUAAACAUUUGACAACUGAGAGUGUUGUCACAGACGUGAUUCGUGUACAACCUGAUUGUGGGCGGCCAGGGACUGAUUUCGGAGAGGCUCUUGCAUGACACAAAUUCAUAUAUCAAUCUACCCUAAAGAUUGUGUUCAUACUGUGUAUUUGUUGUGUUUUGUUUUGUACUGGGAUGUCGAUUUUGAAAAUAAAUGUGUUCUCAAUCCUGA